AUGCGCGCCCGCCCCAACCCCUUCUUUGCGACCACCCAAACCUUCUUCGCUCCGAGCAUAGGUGACCGGGUGGAUCAAGCCAUCGACCAAGACCGGGUGUCCGCCCAUGAUGCCAAGGUGAAGGGGGACCACCUCCGUCACCAUAUUGCCGAGCUCAGAGCUGAGGAGGUCUUCAAUCGAGACCGGAUCUUCGCCCUUGGUGCGGUCGCGAGGGAGGAUCACCUCCAGCACGAGCUCGCUGCGGUCAGAGCCGAUCAUAUCCGGGCGGAUACUCAUACUGCCGUCGGCGUGCCUCCCACCGGUAUUGAUCUGUACUCCCGGUUCGCCGUUGCCGGUGCGCUCGGCUGUGCCAUCACCCACGGUGUCCUCACCCCCGUCGACGUCAUCAAGACCAGGAUCCAGCUCGAGCCCGAGGUGUACAACCGGGGAAUGGUGACUGCCUUUCGUCAAGUUGUCGCCGCAGAAGGUGCCGGCGCCCUCCUGACCGGUCUCGGCCCUACCAUCGUCGGUUACUCCAUUCAAGGCGCUCUCAAAUUCGGCGGAUACGAAUACUGGAAAAAACAAGCCGUCAACAUCCUCGGGCUCGAGACGGCCCGGGAAUACCGUACCGCCAUCUACCUCGUCACAGGCGGUAUCGCCGAGUUCUUUGCGGACAUCGCUCUCUGUCCUCUCGAGGCGACUCGGAUCAGGCUCGUCUCCCAGCCGAGCUACGCGAAUGGUCUUGUGGGCGGGUUCGGGCGGAUUCUGAGAGAAGAAGGUCCAGCGGCGUUUUAUGCGGGCUUUGGGCCCAUCUUGUUCAAGCAGGUCCCGUAUACGAUGGUCAAAUUUGGCGUAUUUGAACUGGCCUCGGAACGGAUCCUGCAGACCAUGGGCCAAACCAAAGAAUCGCUGUCUAGCGGAACAGCCACCGCCGUCAACCUCGGUUCGGGCCUGAUCGGCGGAAUGGCGGCCGCUGUCGUUUCACAGCCGGCCGACACGCUCCUGUCCAAGAUCAACAAAGCGAAGGGUGCGCCAGGGCAGAGCACAACGUCGAGGUUGGUCAGUAUGGCAAGCCAGUUGGGCGUAAGGGGUUUGUUUACGGGUAUGAGUGCGAGGUUGGUAAUGAUUGGAACUUUGAGUGCUGGGCAAUUCAUGAUCUACGGGGAUAUCAAGAAGGCCUUGAAUGCGACGGGCGGUGUCGAGAUAUCGAAGUAG